AUGACGGAAAAGGCCGGGGCUAAAUUCAUUGAACGAGGGGCUCACAAAGGCAAAGGGAUCGCUGUAUUUACUAGCGGUGGCGAUUCACAGGGUAUGAAUGCCGCUGUAAGGGCUGUAGUUCGUAUGGGAAUCUAUUUGGGAUGCAAAGUCUAUUUUAUCAAGGAAGGAUAUCAAGGCAUGGUAGAUGGGGGAGACAAUAUUGUCGAAGCAAAUUGGUCAUCAGUCAGUUGUAUCAUUCAUAAAGGUGGCACCAUUAUUGGAUCUGCACGUUGUUUAGCUUUCAAAGAAAAAGAAGGACGCAAAAAAGCCGCUUACCAUCUAAUAGAAAAAGGCAUUACAAACCUAGUGGUGAUAGGCGGUGACGGUUCUCUGACCGGUGCCGAUCUCUUCAGACAAGAAUGGUCAGACUUGCUAGAUGCAUUGCUGGCAGAUGGCAAAAUCACCAAGGACCAAAGGGAGAAAAACAAAACCCUUUCUAUUGCUGGCCUUGUGGGAUCCAUCGAUAACGAUUUUUGCGGUACCGAUAUGACUAUCGGUACUGAUUCUGCUUUACACAGAAUCAUUGAAGCCACAGAUGCAAUAGUUUCAACGGCCUAUUCGCAUCAGCGUACAUUUAUUAUGGAAGUGAUGGGCAGACAUUGUGGCUAUUUAGCACUAGUUGCUGCGCUGACAAGCGAAGCUGACUAUGUUUUCAUACCGGAAGAUCCUGUGCCAGUGGACUGGCCCGAUAAACUUUGUAAAAAGUUGAUGCAGGAAAGAAGCGCCGGUCAACGUCUAAACAUCAUCAUCAUAGCAGAAGGAGCCAUAGACCGUGAAGGCCGUCCAAUCACCGCCGAGGACGUCAAAAAAGUGGUCGUAGACAAUUUAAAUCAAGACACUAGAAUCACCGUUUUGGGACACGUCCAAAGAGGCGGCAAUCCUUCCGCUUUCGACCGGGUACUGGGUUCCAGAAUGGGCGCAGAAGCAGUUAUGGCUUUAAUGGAAGCCGAAGAGCACACAGAACCUUGCGUAAUUUCUUUGGAUGGAAACCAAGCUGUUAGGUUGCCUUUGAUGGAAUGUGUCAAGCAAACUAAGGCUGUGGCUCAAGCUAUGGCGGUUAAGGAUUGGGACAAGGCAGUGAGCCUAAGAGGCAAAUCGUUUAUGAGAAACUUGGAAACCUACAAGCUUUUGACCCGUUUGAAGCCGCCUAAGACAGCUUUUAAUGAAAAAGGUGUGGGAAAACAGCGAGAUUCCCUGUUCAUGUCGGAAGGCUACACUAUGGGUGUGAUCCACGUUGGCGCCCCCUGUUGCGGUAUGAACGCUGCCGUACGAUCCUUUGUAAGGAAUGCAAUUUAUCGGGGCGACACUGUAUUGGGUAUUCACGACGGUAUCGAGGGGCUGAUUGCUGGAAAUAUCAAACAAAUGAAUUGGUCUGAUGUAACCGGCUGGGUAAGUCAAGGCGGUGCUUAUUUGGGCACCAAACGUACCCUUCCUGGUAACCGUAUGGGAUUGGUCGCAGCCAGACUUGAGGAGUUCAAAAUCCAAGCUCUAUUGAUUAUUGGCGGCUUUGAGGGAUUCCAAGCUGCGAUUCAAUUGAGCGAAAACCGCGACGAACACAAAGCCUUCCGCAUCCCCAUCAUGGUGAUUCCCAGUACAAUUUCCAACAACGUGCCCGGAACCGAGUUUUCUUUAGGGUGCGACACUGCUCUCAAUGAAAUUACUGAAAUUUGCGAUCGCAUCAGACAGUCGGCUCAAGGCACCAAGAGACGUGUUUUCGUUAUUGAAACUAUGGGAGGUUUUUGCGGUUACUUGGCUACAGUGGCAGGAUUAGCGGGUGGGGCAGAUGCCGCCUACAUCUACGAAGAAAAGUUCACCAUUAAAGACCUACAGCAAGAUGUCUAUCAUAUGGCGACCAAAAUGUCUGAGGGGGUGCAACGCGGGCUCAUUUUGAGAAACGAAAACGCCUCCUACAACUACAACACUGAGUUUAUCUAUCGAUUGUAUUCUGAGGAGGGCAAAGGAUUGUUCAGUGCCAGGAUGAACGUUUUAGGUCACAUGCAACAAGGAGGUUCGCCAACACCGUUCGACCGUAACUUGGGCACGAAAAUGGCAGCCAGAGCCGUCGACUGGAUAGUCUGCCAAUUGAAAAACAACACCGACGCGAACGGGAAAAUUUCCUGCACCGAUCCCAAUACCGCUUGCCUAUUGGGCAUCGUCAAACGUCAGUACAAGUGCACCAGUUUGCUGGAUUUGAAGGGACAAACCAACUUUGAGCAAAGAAUACCCAAAGAUCAAUGGUGGCUGAGCCUCAGACCUUUACUGCGUGUUUUGGCCAAGCACGAUUCCACUUACGAGGAAGAAGAUCAUCCUAUAAACUUUUGGAAUUUGGAAGAGCUGAAAAAGAAAAAGAAAGAUUUGAGAAACGUCGCAUGGAUGGUAGAUCUCAGGCCUAGCUUCAUACAGAUUUUCAAUUUGAACAGGAGUUUGGAACAACUGCAACUAUGA